UGUGUGUGUGUGGUUGUGUUGUGUUGUGUUGUGUUGUGUUGUGUUGUGUUGUGUUGUGUUGUUUUGUUUUGUUUUAACAGGUAGGUUGUAUAUUUGGUGGCUGAUGUUCAGGUUGUGAUUGUUGCAUUUAGUGUUGUUGUAUUUGGAAGGAUUGUUGUUGUUGUGACUGCAUUUACUGUUGUUGUGGUUGUUAUUUGGAAGGUGGUUGUUGUGGUUGUGAUAGUUAGCCAUGUUGCUGCUGUACUUGUUCAUGUUGAGUUGUGGUUGUAAUUGUUGCACUUAGUUUUGUUGUUGUUGUGACUGUUGCAUUUCAUGUUGUUGUGACUGUUGCAUUUCAUGUUGUUGUUGUGACUGUUGCAUUUCAUGUUGUUGUGACUGUUGCAUUUCAUGUUGUUGUGGUUGUUAUUUUUGGGAAGGUGGUUGUUGUGGUUGUGAUACUUGCAUCAUUGGCCAUGUUGUUGCUGUACUUGUUCAUGUUGAGUUGUGGUUGUAAUCGUUGCACUUAGUUUUGUUGUUGUUGUUUGAAAAGGUGGCUGUUGUGGUUGUAUUUAGCUUUGUUGUUGUUGUUGUUGUUGUUGUUGUUUGAAAAAUAAUGGCUGUUGUGAUUGUUGCCUUUAGUGCCGAUUGGAAACGUAACUGUUGUUGUGGCCGUGAUUUGUUGUUUUCAGCUUUGUUGUUCUGUUGUUGUCGGUGUUGUGGUUUUGUUUAUUUUUUGGAAAGGGCCAGCUGUUGUGGUUGUGAUUGUUGACCAUGCUGCUGUUGUAGUUGUUCUUGUUGAGUUUGCGACAGUUGUAGUUAGAAUUCUUGCAUUUAACUUUGUUUUGUUGGGUCGGGUUGUUGUGGUUGUAUUUAGCUUUGUUGUUGUUGUUUGUUGUUUUUAAAUGGCUGUUGUGGUUGAGAUUAUUGCAUUUAUUAUUGAUUCGAAACGUUACUUGUCGUGGCUAUGAUCGUUACGUUCAGUUUUGUUGUGUGGAAAAGUCAACUGUUGCAUCCGACUUUGCUGUUGUUUUGUCAUCGUUGUUGCAUUUAGUGUUUUUUUUUGUUUGUUUGUUUGGAAAACUGUGUUUUUGUUUAGCAUUGUUGCUAGGAAAAGUUGUUCUUGUUGAGUUUGAAAAGUUGACUUCUUGUGAUUGCUAUGCGAUUAUAUGAUGAUGAUGUUGUUGUUGUUGUUGUUGUUGUUGUUGUUGUUGUGACGAGCUGUAUUUUUUUGGUCAUUAAGUUCACGAAAGGGGAAAGAAGAGGGAGUGAUGUAUAAAGCUGCUAGAAUGCACGUGAUAACAGGAGAUAACUUUCGUGGACGUUCCACAACAUUUAAAUAUACCUGGUUGAACAGAGAGAUGUGGAACUGAACAUAAGAGAUAACUGGGACAGUACACCUCUGUACUAUGCAUGCCUCUGUGGACAUGAGGAGUUGGUGCAGUAUUUGUUGGCCAAUGGAGCGAAGUGUGAAGCGAAUACGUUCGAUGGUGAGCGAUGUCUGUACGGAGCUCUGAGCGAUUCCAUACGCCGUCUGCUGAAGGAGUACAAGCGGAUCACGGCUAAAACCAUGCAGCGGGAUUACUACGAGCAGUUCCUGCAGACGCUGCUGGAGCAGGGCUCAUACAGCGAUGUGACGUUCAUGGUGCACGGCGAGAUGUUCCGCACGCACCGUUGCGUCCUCAGCGCCCGCUCCGAAUACUUCGCCCACAUGCUGGAGACCAAGUGGAAGGGCAAGACCAUGAUCGCUCUCAAACAUCCACUGGUGAAUCCGGCUGCGUUUGCCGCCAUCCUGCAGUACUUCUAUACUGGUCGUCUGGACAUCGACGUGAGUUACGUGGAAGACUGCAAGCGUCUGGCCAAGCAGUGCAAAAUCAGCGAGCUCAUCGAGGAGCUGGAGGUCAAGUGCAAGCAGGUGCAAGAGUUUGUGUCCAAUAAGCCGGGGACGUGCGUGAAGGUGCUCACUCUGGAUCCUCACGACUGGCAGCUGCAGGACGGCAUGGCUCUGUUAGCCGACAGCGCUCUCCCCGCCGAUCUGAGGGUUGGAUACGGGCAGCUUCCUUUUGAUUUGACGGACAGUUUUCCCAGCUACCCUGACAUCUGCUUCCGGGUGGACGGUUAUGACUUCCUGUGUCAUAAGGCAUUUUUCUGUGGCCGUAGCGAUUACUUUAAGGCGUUGGUGGAAGAUCAUUUCAGUGAGGGAGAAACCCUGCAGUCUCUCCCCGAAGUUCCUGUCAUCACCCUACAUGAUGUAUCUCACGAGCUAUUCACCAAAAUCCUCUACUACAUCUACAGCGAUAACACACAGCUGUCCCAUGAUAGUGUGUACGAGGUGCUAUGUGUAGCGGACAUGUACCUGUUGCCGGGUCUGAAGCGUCUGUGUGGCCGCACCCUGGCUGCGUUGCUCAGCGAGGAAAACGUUCUGCACAUGUGGAAGACGGCCAAACUGUUCAGCCUGUCGCGCCUCGAGGACCAGUGCACAGAGUACAUGGCCAAGAUCAUCGAGAGGCUGGUGGAAAGGGCAGAGUUUGCAGAGCUAAUCCGAGAGGACGCCGCGAGCGUGGCGGCACGCCAGGAGACGGACUCCAUCCCGCUGGUGGACGACAUCCGCUACCACAUCAGCAGCAGCGUUCAGACGUACAGCGCCAUAGAGGAGGCCAACCAGAAAGUGCACGCCCUCGAGCUCCUGCUCAACUACAUCGGCCUGGACUGCUGAACACACACACACACACACACACACACACACACACACACACACACACACACAGAGAGCGAAGACGAUGCGUAGGAUAACACAGUGUGACGUUACGGCUUUAUUUACGCUUUCUGUGCAACUAAAACGAGUAGCAUUCAGUUUUAGAGUAACAUUUAACUGAUAUUUAACUUUAACUCGCUUUAAUACACAACCAUGCAGAAUGAAGAUUAUAAAAAGCUUUAAGUAAGUUUACUUAUUGUUUUUACUUUAGUUUAGGUUCGGUUCUUAUUAACCCGAACAAGACCCGGUCAGAUAUUAUUUGUGUAUCCGUUUAGCAUGGCUGCAUAACAGUACAGUUACAGUGACAUGAGGUUUGGGCUGCACAAUAAUGCCUAAAAUCCUCAUUCUUCACAAUUAUUUAAGCAAUUUAGGAGCUAAAUAGCUUCACUGCAUCGUUUCGAAUAAACAGGAAAGAAUUUAAUUAUCUGUCGAAUUGUCCUUUAGAAGCCUAUAGAUACAAAUACAGAUACAAAAAAAAAAACAAACGACGACAACGACGCAAUUAUCAGCAAAUGAAUCGUUUUUUCAAAAUAUAAAGACCUAAAUAAACAGGCCACAGGAAUCCUGUGAACUAAUGCAUCUUAAACUCUAGUUAAUGUUCACCAAGUAUCCUUAGCUAAGCUGACCAACCCUGGAGCUAAUUGCGUUUAAUUAAUUAAGAAAUCUGAAAUUCAUGACGUAAAUGCCGUCAUAUAAUAACGUUAAGCAAAAGUGCUUUCUUUUCUUCGUCAGAUAAUGAGGUCUUUCGUAAAAAUAAGUAAAUAAAUAAAUAAAUAAAGACUUUAAAAGUCUUUUGGCAGUGUGCUAGUAGAUAGAAAUUGUUUCUGUUGUCUCUAUUAAAAGAUGUUUGGACACAAAUACAUAAAAUACACUGGUAAAAUAUAUAAGAUAUAAAAUAUAUAAGUGAGGAGCUUUUAAUAAUGCACCACUUAGUAAUAACUGACAUCUAAUUGGCGCUAACCAUUUUAGCUAAGCUCAAUAAUAAUAAUAAUAAUAAUAAUAAUAAUAAUAUCAUGCUGAUUUAAACACACUUAUCCGUUCAGGCAUGACAUAAAUGGCCUUAUUAUAAUAAUAUUAUAAGUGCUUACUUUCUCUUCAUUAUUAAAAGCUCAUGGGGUCAUUUAUAUAACAGUUUACCUACAGGAUUCGAAAUGUGUUAUUAGAUACAGAUUAGGAGACGAAAUAUAACAAAUAUGUUUAUUUAAGAGAGGUUGAGCUGCUCCAGUGAGAUCUCAUAUAAUACAAAUUACAAUUUCUUUUUUUUUUUUUUGUUCUGUUUUAUUUUGCGUUGUGUGUUAUGAGCUGAAAUUACUUCUGGAAACAAAAAACAAAACAAAAAAAGACGUCUCUAAACUAAGAGAUGGGUUCGUGACGCACACUUUUCACCACUGUGUUGACGGGAUCGUGUGCGUCGCGACCGGAGCUAGAGGUAUCGAGCUUUAUUUGCGAUUAGAAUACAUGAAUCUCCGUGUAGACGCGUGAGUCUGAAUGCAGUGUGUUAUUACCUGAGCUCAGGUGUGUGAGGAUCUGGACAGGGCGAUAAACGUGGAUUGGAUUCGGACGUUUUGAGACCUUCGGUUUAUAAGGUUCCGACCCUUUUUCAUCAGUUAAUGUAUUAUUCGUAACUCGUUUAAAAUGCGCCGCUAAACAUUCGCAGGCGGCGAAUUUGUUGCGUUCUUGAUUCUGAAUUCUGAUUGGUCAGAAGGUGCCGAUGGAUUUUAACAUUAGCGCAGGCUGUAAUUCGUAUCACCGUUUCUGUUAACGUGCUCGUUUUAAUUCGUCGUCAUUUCUGCAGUAACAAUUUACACAUUGACUUGUAACCACAACAACAACAAAAAGCCUCGAUUAAAAUCGACAUGUUGAAGUCGUUUGUUUAUUUUUGAUAUAUUUUUACGGAAGGAGUCACCAGUGUCAGAGCUUUGUAGCAGUCAGAGGAAUAAAUCAUUGUAAUAGCUGGCAAAUUGCUGUGGUAGAAGAGGAAUAAAAUACCGAGACAUUCUGUUAUUACAAAAUGAUCACUAGAUUAAAAUCACAGAAUCGUCUGAACCUUAUCAUUUCCUUAACUAACUUGAUUUACUGCAUUAGUUAACAUGAACCUUAUAAAGCCAAGGUCUUGAUUUAUUCAGCUGUGCAAUAUUCUAGAACAGUCUUACAUUAUCUAGGUCUGGUGCUAAGCUUGUGUUUUACUUUAGUGGUUUUAUUAUGAUAAUUUUUUCUUUUUAUGGCGCUUCGGUUUCACUCUGCGGUGCUCUCAAAGAAACAGUGUAGCGUGAAAAAUGAAAUUUACACCCACGUCCAAAGGUAGUAGACCAGCUGAGACACGUGUCUAAAAAACAACAGAAAAAAGGGUUUUGCACUGGGGCAAUGAGUCUAAUGUUGCUAGGAACUAAGAACCACCAGUUUAGUUUCAUGUGUUUACAUUUACAGCAUUUGGCAGAUGCACUUAUCCAGAGCGACUUUUAUACAACUGAGCAGUUGAGGGUUAAGGGCCUCGCUCAAGGGCUCAGCAGUGGCAGCUUGGCAGUGCUGGGAUUCGAACUCGCAACCUUCGGAUCAGUAAUCCAGUGAGCUUCCAGUGGUUAAGACGUCUAUUGAUGUACAAUUUAAUGAAACCGCAUGAGAUGUCUUGCCUAUUUAGUGACGGAAACCACGUUCGCAUGUAGCACGUUCACCUCACACGACCAGGGUUGGGAGUUCGAUUCCCGCCACUGCAGAGUUUGCACGUUCUCCCCGUGCUGCGGGGGUUUCCUCCGGGUACUCCGGUUUCCUCCCCCAGUCCAAAGACAUGCAUGGUAGGCUGAUUGGCGUGUCCAAAGUGUCCGUAGUGCAUGAACGGGUGUGUGAAUGUGCAUGUGAUUGUGUCCUGCGAUGGAUUGGCACCCCGUCCAGGGUGUACCCCGCCUUGUGCCCGAUGCUCCCUGGGAUAGGCUCCAGGUUUCCCGCGACCCUGUAGGAUAAGCGGUAUAGAAACUGAAUGGAUGGAAACAUCAUACACUAAACACGUCUUGGCUGAUCGACUAUGUUGGGAAGAGUAACUGUGUAAAUUUUAAUUCUUUACUAAACUCUUUCUUGAAUGUCUAGACUAUAAUGUCUCAAUGGCUUUGUUUUUGUAUGUGUGUGUGUGUGUGUGUUAGAGAGAGCGAGAGAAAGAAUGAGUGUGUCGGAUGUUAAUAGUGUGUCCAAGGACAGUUUUGGUCCAGAUUUGAUGCAGAGGGCGCACUAAUUUCUAAAUAGCAGUAAUAUUUUUCACACUGGCAUGAAAUUAGUUUUGUGAGUAUAAAACCAGAAUGCAUAGAAGCAAAUAAAUAACCGUUAUUUAAAAAAAAAAAAAAGCAAACCUGUUUGAAUGUCUUCUUGAAAUGUUAAUGCCCAGAUGCUGUACUUAAAUUAUUUCUCUACAGGGGGCGCUAUAUACCUAUACUGCACUUUCAGCACGUGUUAUCUGAGGCGAAGGUAAAUCGUUAAUCUCAGUUUUGGCUUGCAAUUAAAAAAAUAAAUAAAAACAGUUCUUUUGUCA